GUUAACAUAUAUAUAUUUGUAAAACUAUUUCUUUGCGGGGCUUUUUCUUCCCCUCCAAGGCACCAUCGAUCUUCUUCCCAGCCAGCCAGAAAUCCUGAUUAUUGAGGAUCGAUCACAGUCCCAUUGUCUUGCAUCUCUAUCUCUAUCUCAGGAGGAAUGGGAGAUAGUCAGUACUCCUUCUCUCUUACUACUUUCAGUCCUUCUGGAAAGCUUGUUCAGAUUGAACAUGCCCUCACAGCUGUUGGCUCUGGUCAAACUUCAUUGGGGAUAAAAGCUUCUAACGGGGUUGUAAUCGCAACAGAGAAAAAGCUCCCUUCCAUUUUAGUCGAUGAGACUUCUGUGCAAAAGAUUCAGAUUUUGACUCCUAAUAUUGGAGUUGUGUAUAGUGGGAUGGGGCCCGAUUCUCGUGUUCUGGUCAGAAAGAGUAGAAAGCAGGCAGAGCAGUACAAUCUACUAUACAAAGAAGCGAUCCCUGUUACACAACUUGUAAGGGAAACAGCUGCUGUUAUGCAAGAGUUUACUCAGUCAGGUGGCGUAAGGCCUUUUGGUGUUUCACUUCUUGUUGCUGGUUAUGAUGACAAAGGUCCCCAACUAUACCAGGUGGAUCCCUCAGGUUCGUAUUUCUCUUGGAAAGCUUCGGCCAUGGGAAAGAAUGUGUCUAAUGCAAAGAUGUUUCUCGAAAAGAGAUACACGGAUGAUAUGGAGCUUGAGGAUGCGAUACACACAGCUAUUUUAACAUUGAAAGGGGGGUUUGAAGGACAAAUUUCUGGGAAAAACAUUGAGAUUGGCGUUAUCGAGGCUGACAGAACAUUCAGGCAGAGUCCUGACUGCGGCUCAGAUUGAAGACUAUCUUCAAGAGGUCGAGUAGCCAUUUCUUUUCUUAUCGCGGCGUUUUUUAUUUCCUUAUAUCAAAAGAUUUCAGGAUGUUUGUUGAAAUCUCAUGAGCCAGUGUGUACUUGUUGACAAUCAAUCUUCCAAGAACCAAUGUGUUGAAUGAAUCUAUUGUGUGCUUGAAUUAAUUCAUUUUUACAAUGUUGGUCAUA